UAAUAGGCUACACAUAAAUCAUACGUGAUGGAUGGUGGUACACACACACACAUCAUGGAUGGUGAAUUAUAGGAUACUGUGUCAAUGCAAUCCAAUGAAACUGAACAUUGAACUGAACAGUAGGGUAUAUGACAGGGCUCCUCAUACCUUUUAUUUGUUUUAUUUAUGUAUUUUGUUAGUCAGUUAGUUAGUUAGCUGUCAUUUUCCAACAUGAUUGUUCUAAUGAUAAUCUAAAAAUAAAUGCAAAUGUCCUGCAGAAAUAGCCUAGGUAGAACUAUUAUGUUCGGAAGUGCCUCCCGCCAGCGAGACGGACUUUUAUUUUGACAUUCUCAGAGGCCAUGCUCUUUCGUAGGUUGCCCGUUGCAGCCAACUUCACGGAGGAACUAGUUCUACAUACCUGCUCUGAAGGAGCAACAACACGGGAAUGGCAGACUCAAUAUCGCACAGACUUCCUGACUGAAGUCACAUGAGUGUCUGAAUUUCAGCUGACCUGUCCGAGUGGAUGCAUGUGUUACCCGAGGGCGUAACACGACACAGGCAUGGGCCUCGUCAAUGUCAUAUUUUACACGCUAGGAAAAUGCUUCGAGAUCGUCAGCUUCCUGCUGGACCUGAACUUCGUCAUAGUCCAUUCCCUGAUCCGGUUCCUCGUCGCCUCCAUCAACUUCGUGCACCAGCUACCCAUGCUGGUGACCAACUCUGUGCUGGAAUGCUGGAACCUGAGCCUGGUGUGUCUCUUCACCAUGUCCGAGGGGGUGUCUAUACUCACUCACAACGUGGCUGGAGGAGGACAGCAGCUUGUGGGCGGUGUGGUGGAAUGCUGCAAGAUGGUGGGCUACCUCGCCUCCCACGUGCUCCUUCGAACCCGGGACUUGCUCCAUCGAGGGCUGCUGUCAGGUCAUAGCGUGCUGAAGCAUGUCUGGGAAGGUUUUGGCAUUGCCCUCAGCCUCAUACUCUACUUAGCCAACACUAUUGUCAACCUGCUGCUCAUAGGCACGCAGAACAUGUACACUGUGUUCGUGGGCCUUUGUGAGACGGCGCUCUAUCCCAUACAGAACAUUGUGGAGCUCGCGUUAACGGCCCUCAGUUUCCUGUACAGCAGCCUGGUGGGAGCGUCCAUCUUCCUGUGGACGCCGUGUCUUCUGGCCGCAGAGUUUGUGGCGUCCCUCUGCCAGGUCUUCUUCAGCAUCUUCCUGCUCAACGUCUACGGUCUCCUCUUCACGCUGUCCGUUGUGGCGGGCGCCACCGUCUACCUGAAUCCGGAGGUGUCCCGGAGGCACUUCCGCCGGCUGGCGCACUACGUCAACACUGUGCCUUCCCUGCGCGGCCUCAGGGGCGCGCUGCGGCGCCUCUACGUGCUGGAGAGGAACCUGCGCCAGAGGCUGGUUUUGUGGGACAGCAGCCACAUUAGACUCGCUGCGCGGAGACUGCAGAGGCGGGUGGUGGUGGUGGCAGCGGCGGUGAGGGCUGAUGGGGACGGGAAUGUGGACGCUGGCACGGGGGACGCACUGCCACCGGUGCCACCACCACCAGAGAGGAGAGAGCAUGACAGAGACAACGCAGCAGGUGGUGGUGGUGGUGGUGGUGGUGCGGGAGACGGACAACCAGCACAAGAUCUGGCACGCCGGCCCCUAGCUGCCGCAUCUGAACCAGAACUGGGACAUCACUCGUCUGGUGUAUGUCAACACAAGGGGGCGCCAGAUGGGAGCGGGGACUCCUGCAAAGCCUCCUCUUCUUCCUCUACUCCUGGGGUGGACUCCAGCCUGCUGUCGCUACUGCAGGAACAGGAGGAGAGGAAGAAGUGUGUCAUCUGCCAGGACAGCUUCAAGACAGUGGUGCUGCUGCCCUGUAGGCACCUGUGCCUGUGCAGAGACUGCACCGACAUACUGCUCACCCAACCGGUGUACCAGAGGAACUGCCCACUCUGCAGACACAUGAUCUUCCAGACCAUGGACGUGUACCUGUGAGAACUGAGGAGAUGUUCCUGUCUGCAGACACAAUAUGAUCUUCCAGACCAUGAACGUGAACCUGUGACGAGAUGUCACAGUGCAGUUACAACGCUAAAGGAAACAAAAACAAGGACGCAAAACAAACAAGAUUGAAGUCUGAUUUCAGGCCCAUAGUUGUUCAUUUUAGUCUGAUUUCAGUCACGCCAGUCACGUGACGUAAAUGACACCAAAUCGUUUUAUGCUGUCUGAUUUAAAGGAACAGUCCACCCUUUUUUGAUUUACACAUAUCUGCUGUAUUUCUAAGCAUUAUUCAUGAAUGUGCGUAUAAUUUUCUUCUGUGUUUUCAGUACUCAGAUUUAUUGGAUCAGAAUUAUUUGCAUAGCUUAGCAUAAGUUAAUCGCUGGAAAUAAAUGGGCAGCAUUAGCAUCAAGCCACAAGUGAUAACAGGACGGGAUUAAAUGGCUGUUUUGCACUCUGGUGAAUUUUGCAUUAAUUUUAAAGUAGUUUAAUUACAUUUGAUGUUUUGUUUGCUCCCCAUAGACUUGCAUUGCUACUCUUAAUUUGGCUGUACGGUUAAACUAGGUAAUGCAAACACAUAGACGAAAAUGAUAUGCACAUUCAUGAAUAAUGCUUGGAAAUACUGCAAAUAUGUGAAAAUCAAAAAAGGGUGGAGUGUUCCUUUAAGAAACUAUUGUCACGUACGUUUUGGGGGUAAUUUAAUUUGUAUGAUUUCUUAAUUGAUUAAUCGCAUUGAAAUCAGAUUGUUUUGCUGUGUCUAACGGCACUGUGUCUGGCAAGGACUGUUGUAUCGCUUUGUUUCGUGCUGUGUGUCUGUCAGCACUCAGCAAGAUGUGUCUGGUCUGUGGGUGAGAGCUUUGCGCCAUGAGUAGGAGUGGCAGGAUGAGGAGUGGGCAGUCUCCAGACCCACAGCUGAGGGUGGUAGUGAGUGUCAGCGAGUGAUCCCACUGUGGACUAUUGGCAUGCAAUUCCUGGCAGUAUUCCAAGAACAUGGCUCAGUAGUAAACAAGGUUAAGUGAACGUUGAGGUAGUCAUGCAUAAUCUAAUAGAAGAACCUUGAGUGCAUUUCUGAAGUAAAAUAUCUGUGGGCAUAGCAUAGUUUAUGAGGUGGAUGGUGUUGGUACGUCUAAGCUUAUACCACGUCUGAGAUUAUCUUAAAGUGUUCUCACCACUUUAUAACAAAUAUAGUAUAAAAUAUCAACUGUGGACAAUCCCCCCCCCCCCCUUACUUUCCAAAUCCAACCUACACCGUUGUCUGAGGGCUAUCUGUUAACAGAUGUACUACUUCCUGUUGGUCUACGUAACCAAGUUUAUCACUUAACCACAUUCUUGGAAUACCCCCUUGCCCUUACUUACCCAGACAGUUUGAACAGUCUGUUUGACACCAAAUAAACAACCAAGCAGACAGACCAAUAGAUAAGACCACAUGGCCAAUUUUUAUAUAAUGUGACUCGAUCCUCUUUUGUACCAAUAGAUUGUUUUUAUGCGGUGUGAAAUUUAGAAGGCUGCAUGAAUGAGGAGCUGUGUGCAAGGUUUUGUGCGAGGAAUAUUACAGUUCUUCUGCAUUAAUGCAAUCAUUUCAACAUGUGCUGAUUUUUGUUUUUUUGUAGAGGUUUAUUUUUUCACUUGGGUCCUUCCCUCACUUUGAUUCCAGUUAAUUUUUUGUAUGUAAUGAUUAUUUUUAUUUUUGUUGCUCUCUUUCCACCAAACCUCUCUUUUCCAAGUGGAAUUGAAUUGAGCAUACCUAUUACUACUGUGCUAUUGUUUCAUAUUCACACACACAAGGGAACAGACCUAUUUUCAAAAAGUGUGCUGAACUCUUUUUUUAGCACUUUUUUUUGCAGUUGUCUUAAAAGAAGCUGAACAGUACUCCUUAAAUAGUAAGAUAAAGGUAAAGAAAGGUUAACAAAAGAUGUGAAAAUGAAUACUAAAUACUAAAAUACUAAAAGGAUUGUGGGUUGUGCUUGGGAUGAACUGUUCAAGAGUUUGUAUUUACCUGAAGAAGAAUAACCUGUAUGUUUAGUAGUUAAGGUAAGCCACUAUUGUUAUGUGGCUGAAGGCCCGACCCACGUCUUAUAGAGGGCUCUCGUGCUUAAAUUGUCACCAUAUACAGUAUAUUCAUAUUGUACCACACUUGUAUUCCAUUUCAGUCAAUGCUGGUGUUGUAAAUGAUUUUGUGGGUAGAACCAGUUUACAUUCCGUUGUGUCUGCGUUUGUUCCUUUGAUUGAAGAUGGACAAUUUUCUUUUCGUUUACCAGGGCUGUAUUCAACUAUACGAAGAACAUGGUUGAGAGAUAAACCUGGCAAAGUUAACCUAAAGAAAGUGGUAAACCUGCUAGCCUGCAAGUGUCUUUUAGGCUAUUUCACAAGGUGAUUUGGCGCUACUUCCAGGUUACCAUAUCCAGGUUUGGAUCUAAACCAUCUUAUUGGGGAGACAUGUGUGCUUGCAAACACCCAUGUAACCACUGUCAAGGAUGAGUGUAGGAUUAUCCUGCACUGCCUUGAAGUUAUUUUAUAGUCAUUUUGUCCAUUUCUUGUGCAGUGCCUUGAUAUUUGAGGGAGAGAGCAGUAGUUUUUAAGUGUUUCAUAAUCAUGAUAUAGUCAUCUGCACAUCACUAGAGGUAAAGAUUAAUUUGAAGAAAAAAAUGUUUUGUUUAAGUUUGUUUUUCACAAGUGACUGUUGGCAGGGAUCUUGGCUUAAACUGUGUACCAUGCGACUUCUUUCUUUUUCAAUCGUUGGAUUUAUUUUUGUAUUUAAAAGGUAUGAGGAUGGUGAGAAUGUAUGCAAAGCGACACUCAAUAAAACUGAAAUAACAGUUCCAUUUU